CAUCACGCAAAUAUAGUGCAGCAAAAUUUCGAACAGCAAUUAACGUAGUGAUAAAGGAGGCGUAGUUUAGCAGAAAGAAAGCAUGAGUUCUUCUCUCGAGCAAAGAAAACGUGAACAUACAGCACGCAUUCAUCAUGACCAUGAUCUACAAAGAAGAUAAUAUAUUUAACAGCCUAAAAACAAGCGCACAAGAGGAGGAACUCCUCAACCUGAAGAAAGAGAGACAAGGAAAAUUAUCCAAGUAGCAUGCAUGGAACAACCACCUAGGUAGAUCUUCUACUAGAAGACUAACUCUAAUAUAAUUAGGCCGAAGAAGACUUUGGCAGGAAUUAUAUGCAUAUCACAUGUACUUGUAGGAUCCCAAGGUGGAAUCGAUCAUGCAACAGGUUAAGGUUACAGUAGAAUCUUGGACAGUGCACCUUGCUGCAGCUACUUGUUCCUUAAGCUAUACAUUAACCAUCAAGAAGUCAACUGAGGUGGUGUGGUGAAAUUGGAUAUAGCCGUUUCUUGUGCCUAAGAGUUAUCUUAAAGGAGAGGCAGCAGUUUAGAAGAAGCAUAAGUUUCAGGGACGGACCUUGUGUGCUCUCUCUCCAUGGUUUCCUACGGCACUGCAUCUUUCCUUACACAAGCUGAUGCGUUGUUGAGGAAGAACCUGAUCUACCAGAGAAGAAACAUCAAGCAGAACAUCAUUUUGACCAUCUACCCGGUAUUCCUCUGCUUGUUAAUCAUCUCCAUCCAAUCAGUUGUGAACAACGAACUGGACAAGCCCAGAUACCAUUGUGGCUGCAAAUGUAUCGAUGCAAAUGGAUCGGGGACAUGUCGCAAUGUAUGUGGAGUGCAGUUCUCAACUUCCAUUCAGGCAAUUGCUUGCCCAGUACCAAGACCCCAGGAGUGGCCUGCUCUAGUGCAGGUGCCCAGUGCUAAAUAUAGAGCAGUAAGGGCAGCCUCCCACAACUUUCGGGGCUUACCUGAUGGCUCCUGCUUCAAGGAUCUCUCUUGCGCAGCAACAUCACUCUUCACUGGACAAAAUGAAUCCAUUGCAAAAAGUCUAGUGAAGAGGAUACUCUUAAAUUCAAUUCCAGAGAACAAGGAAGAUAUUUCAAGCUUUGUUUCUGUAGCUUAUCUUGGAACAAACAGCAUUCCUGGUCCAGACAACUAUGUAGAGCGCGGUCUACUCUCUCAAUCCCCUGUGCACCUUAUUUUACCUCUCUGCUCAGUAAAGUUUAACCUAACAGUUCCAGUAACUAUAGGUGAUGUUCAAAAUAAAAAAGAGGUCAACUGCAUAAAAAACCUAUAUCUUUGGCGUGAAAAUUCAUCCAUCAUCAACGAAGAAUUAUUUCAAGGUUAUCGGAAAGGAAAUCCUGCUCAUAAGAUCAGCGAAUAUGUUGGAGCUUAUGAUUUCCUGAAUACAAGCAAAAUUAAUUUCAAUGUAAAUUUGUGGUACAACUCCACCUAUAGCAAUCGGGGCAAACCACGGCUAUUGCGGGUACCAAGAACCUUGAAUAUGGUCUCAAAUGCAUUUCUUCGCCAAUUUAAGUCUUCGAAGAGUAGAAUCCUUCUUAGUUAUGUCAAAGAAAUGCCCAAGGCAGGGACAAGGAUUGCUCUGGACUUGUCAGAAUUACUUGGUCCACUUCUUUAUUCAUGGGUGGUCCAGUUGCUAUUACCUGUCUUCUUGAUUUCUCUAGUACAUGACAAGCAGCACAUGAUACGAAUUAUGAUGAAGGUACAUGGGCUUGGAGAUGGACCAUAUUGGGUGAUCACUUACUGCCACUUUUUGUCCAUAUCAUUUCUUUAUAUGCUGUGGUUGGCAACUUUUGGAUCUAUCAUAGGCCUAGAUAUUUUCAGACUGAAUAACUACUGUAUCCAAUUCUUAUUCUAUGGACUCUACAUAAACCUACAGAUUGUACUAGCCUUCUUGGCAGGGAUUGGAUUUUCUGAUGUCCACAGUGCUGCAGUUGUAGGCUACAUUUAUGUGUUUGGUUCUGGACUUCUGGGUUCCUUCCUUUUCCAAUUCUAUAUUGAGCAUCUAGACUUCUCGAGAAAGACGCUAUUCAUCAUGGAGCUAAUUCCUGGUUUCUCAUUGUACCGAGGACUAUAUGAGCUCUCACAAUUUGCAUUAGGAGGUCAUUACCAAGGAACUUAUGGUAUGCAGUGGAAGGAUUUGAGCGAACAUGACAAUGGCAUAAAAGAAGUUUUAGUCAUCAUGGCAUUAGAAUGGCUGAUUCUACUUUAUGUAUCAUAUUACCUUGAUCAACUGGCACUUGCAAGGAAUGGAGGAUGCAGAUAUUCAUCAAUUUUCACAAGAAACUUCAAAAACAGGAGCAUUCAACCCACAGUGCCAAUCAAAAUUCCCAGUUCAACUAUAACUGUGGAUCAAGAGAACUCUGAUAUUUUUGAAGAGGUCUGCAAAGUUGAGAAUUUGUUGAAAAAAUCUACCGGAGGUCAUCCUAUUAUUUUAAGUAAUUUGGAAAAGGUUUAUACGGGAAAGGAUGGAAACCCGAACAAGCAGGCAGUUCACAGCCUAUCCCUAGCAGUUGCAAAAGGAGAAUGCCUUGGCAUGCUUGGUCCAAAUGGAUCAGGGAAGACCACCGUUAUCAACAUGGUGACUGGACUGCUUCUUCCGACAUCAGGAAGAGUAUUUCUUAGCAACAAAGACAUAAGUUCAAGUAUGGACAACAUUCAUACAAAGAUCGGCAUCUGCCCACAAAAGGACUUGCUCUGGGAUAGUUUGAGUGGGAGGGAACACUUGAUGUUCUAUGGCAGGUUAAGAAAUCUAAAGGGUCUGGAACUACAACAAGCAGUUGAUAAUAUACUCAGAAGCUUGGAUCUUUAUGAAGGCAAUGUGGGUGAUCACCUUGCAGGAACAUAUAGUGGGGGCAUGAAACGGCGGCUCAGCGUAGCAAUUUCCCUUAUUGGAGAUACACAGGUUGUGCUUUUGGAUGAGCCAACCACAGGUCUGGACCCAGAUUCAAGGAAUUACUUGUGGCACGCAAUUAAAUUGGCAAAGAGAGAUCGGGCUAUUAUUCUUACCACACACUUAAUGGAUGAGGCAGAGUUUCUUUGCGACCGUCUAGCAAUCAUUGUGAAUGGCAGAUUGCGGUGUGUUGGAAGCUCAAGUGAGCUCAAAACAAGAUAUGGAGGAUCGUAUCAACUUACCAUAUCAGCAGAUCCUAUCAACAAGGACAUUAUUGAGGAUAUGGUGACUAGCCUCUGUUCAGACGCCAUGAAGAUUUAUGAUGUCAUUGGGACCCAAAGAUUUCGGCUGCCCAAGCAAGUGGUAAGAGUUCAAGAGAUCUUUAAGGCCAUAGAAGUUCUCAAGAGACAGGUAGCAAUUCAUGCUUUCGAGGUGACCGGUACCUCUAUGGAGGAUGUCUUCAGCAAUGUAGUUAAUCACGCACUGGAAAGCGAAAUAGAUUAGAUUUUGACAGAAUUUUGUUGCUUUAUCAUUUCCAGUGUAAAAUUACUUUUAUGCAGACUUAAGAUGAAUGUAGCAAAGAGUGAAAGUAGCAUGUACAUAAAAAGUGCAUCCCUAUGCAAAGCUCUGAUGUGAAGGCCACCAAGAGUGUUAAAAGCAAAUGCUAGCAAAGUUAGCCCUUCAGAAAAGAAAGUUGAGAGGGGAAAAAGCCAGAUUG